AAUGUUAGUUAUUUUUCGAAUUUGAAACUGUUUGGAACGGUUCUGCUAGUCUGUAAUUAAACGAUAUAUUAGAGCAUUAUUUUAGCUAAAAUGCGCUUCAUACUUUUGGUUGUUGUUGCCGUUGCCUAUUUGGCUUAUGUGAGCUCCGAUGCUUGCGUACAGUGUAACUCUUCAAGUGAUCCAAAAUGUGCAACAAAUCCUGAAAAUUACAUGGCUAAAGAAUGCUCUAACUCCACAUCAAAAUGUUUUACUAGAAUUUUGGAUGGUAACACAAUACGCGGCUGCGCAAGUGACUUGGAUAACAAAACCGCUUCCAGAUGUAAUAACGAAAUGGAAUGCUUGAUCUGCUCCUUCAUGGAAGGCUGCAAUCGCAACGUCUUCCCCACACAUCGUCUAACAUGUUUGCAGUGCGAAGGAACAAAUAAUGGUACUUGCGCAAAUGAGGUGUACGCCAAGUCCACAGUAUGUCCUAUUUACAAAUUGGGUGAUAAAUGUUUCAUUAGAAACACUGGAUUGAACGCUACGACCUCCUUCCAACGUGGUUGUCUCACUUCAGCGCAGUCAAAGAAACUUUGUGUGGAUGAGAGAAACUGUUAUACCUGCGAAGGUAGCAGCUGCAACCAUUUAGCAUACGGAUCGGAAUUAAUUCCAAUUGCACGUGACUCCGCCGGUCUUUUCGGUUACUCGGUAUUGUUAGUCGUAGCUGGUAUUUUAACUACUCGCUACUUUUAAAUAGCAACAAAUAUAUAUUUUGUUCGCCAGUGUGUUUCUUAAUUUUUUAAUUGUAAUUUUAUUGCUA